CUUGGUGACGCAUUGCGGCUGCCGGUUCGUCGGCGGCGACGGUGCGUGAGCUGCGCUACUCCUGUCCUGCUCGCGAGCAUUCGAGAGUCGCAACGCAGAGCAUAAAUCCACCCGACAUGUCUGAAGAGCGAGCGGAGCUCCUCCUCCGCCAGGCGUUCAGGUCGUAGCUUCUUAAUGAUGGCGGGGCUGAGGAGGCGGAGGUGAACUGAUUGCUGCUGCUGCCGCUUCUCCUCGCGGAUGGUUCGAUAAAUAAACACGGCAGUCAUGACGAGUGGCCAGGACGAGAGUUCAGUCCGCGUGGCUUUGAGGAUCCGUCCUCAGCUGGCACGGGAGAAGAUAGAGGGAUGUCACAUCUGUACAUUUGUGACUCCUGGAGAGCCCCAGGUGAUACUGGGAAAGGACAAGGCCUUCACAUUCGACUAUGUGUUCGACAUGGACUCCCAACAAGACACUAUCUACUCUAACUGCACGGAGAAGCUAAUAGAAGGCUGUUUUGAGGGCUAUAAUGCCACCAUCUUUGCCUAUGGACAGACGGGUUCAGGUAAAACGUACACAAUGGGCACAGGCUUUGACGUGAGCAUACCAGAUGACGAGCUGGGCAUCAUCCCACGGGCGGUCAGUCACCUCUUCAAAGGUAUCGAGCAGAGACAGCAGGCUGCGACUGAACAGGGUAGACCAGUCCCUGAGUUCAAGAUCAGUGCACAGUUCCUGGAGUUGUAUAAUGAGGAGGUUCUGGAUCUCUUUGACUCUACCCGCGAUCUGGAGGCCCGAAAGCAGAAGUCCCACAUUAAGAUCCAUGAGGACGCCAGUGGGGGCAUUUAUACUGUGGGAGUGACCACCCGCUCCGUCUCUUCAGAGGCUGAAAUGAUGCAGUGUUUGAAGCUGGGUGCUCUCUCUCGCACCACAGCCAGCACUCAGAUGAACGUGCAGAGCUCUCGCUCUCAUGCUAUCUUCACCAUCCACUUGUGCCAAGUGCGCGUGUGUAUGCCCUCAGACAAUGAUAAUGAGACCGACAACCGGCUGGCCAAUGGCUCACCUGACAUGGAGGAGUUUGAAACACUGACAGCGAAGUUCCACUUUGUGGACCUGGCAGGCUCAGAGCGACUGAAGAGAACAGGUGCCACAGGGGACAGGGCCAAGGAGGGCAUCUCCAUCAACUGUGGACUGUUGGCAUUAGGGAAUGUCAUCAGUGCCUUAGGAGACAGAAGCAAACGAUCAACGCAUGUGCCUUACCGGGACUCCAAACUUACUCGCCUGCUCCAAGAUUCCUUAGGUGGCAACAGCCAAACAGUGAUGAUUGCCUGCACAAGCCCAUCUGACCGGGAUUUCAUGGAGACCCUGAACACCUUGAAGUAUGCUAACCGAGCACGUAACAUUAAGAACAAAGUGGUAGUGAACCAGGACAAGGCCAGCCAGCAGAUCAGCGCUCUGAGGACGGAAAUUGCACGACUGCAGAUGGAGCUCAUGGAGUACCGCACAGGGAAGCGAAUGGUUGGAGAAGAUGGCUUGGAGAGCAUCAGUGACAUGUAUCAUGAGAACACCAUGCUACAGACUGAGAACAACAACCUGCGUGUGCGAGUUAAAGCCAUGCAAGAAACCAUUGAUGCCCAGCGUGCUCGCCUCACUCAGCUCCUGAGUGACCAGGCCAACCAGGCUCUCGCUAAAAUCGGUGAAGGCAGUGAGGAGAUCGGCAAUAUGAUUAAGAACUACAUCAAAGAGAUUGAAGACUUAAGAGCAAAACUGCUGGAAAGUGAGGCAGUGAAUGAGAACCUGAGGAAGAAUCUGUCUCGAGCGUCCACGCGCUCAUCUUUCUAUGGAGGGCCCGGAGCUUUUUCCCCCGCCUUGCUUGGACCUGACCCUUCCCAAGAGACGUCUGACAUCAUUGAGCUGGCCAAGAAAGAUCUGGAGAAACUGAAGAGGAGAGAGAAGAAGAAAAAGAAGAGGCUCCAGCACUUGCUGGAGGAGAGGAGAGUAGAGGAGAAAGAGGAAAUGGAGGUGGAAGAAGACAGUGCCAUGAAGGAGGACGUUCCUGACAAUGAGCAGCAGGAGAAGGGCAAUGAGAGAGAGCAGCCUGAGCCAAUCAAUGAGGAGGCAGAAAUGGAAGCUCAGGAGGGCAGUGAUCAUGAUGAGGGUGAGGAAGAGGAGGAAGAGGAUGAAGAGGAGGAGAUGGAUGCUGAGGAGAGCUCUGAUGACUCUGACUCUGAGCUGGAUGAGAAAGAGAACUUCCAGGCAGAUCUGGCCAACAUCACUUGUGAGAUCGCCAUCAAGCAGAAGCUGAUCGAUGAGCUGGAGAACAGCCAGAGACGCCUACACACACUAAAACAGCAGUACGAGCAGAAGCUGAUGAUGCUGCAGAGCAAGAUCCGCGACACACAGCUGGAGAGAGACCGUGUUCUGCACAAUAUGGGUUCCAUGGAGUCGUGUUCAGAGGACAAAGCGAAGCGAAUAAAGGCAGAGUAUGAGAAGAAACUGAGCAUCAUGAAUAAAGAGCUGCACAAACUCCAGGCCGCUCAGAAAGAACAUGCUCGCCUGCUCAAGAACCAAUCACAGUACGAGAAGCAGCUCAAGAAGCUCCAGCAGGAAGUGAUGGAGAUGAAGAAAACCAAAGUGCGUCUGAUGAAGCAGAUGAAGGAGCAGCAGGAGAAGAACCGGCUGGCAGAGUCACGCCGAAACCGUGAGAUUGCAACGCUCAAGAAGGACCAGCGCAAACAGGAGCAUCAGCUAAAACUACUUGAGGCCCAAAAGAGACAGCAGGAACUCAUUUUGCGCAGGAAGACCGAAGAGGUAACCGCACUGAGAAGACAGGUUCGGCCCAUGUCGGGCAAAGUCAGCAGGAAGGUCAACCUGCCUGAAAUUCUACCAGACUCCACCCACAGACCACCUUCCGGACGCACACAUGGCUCUGGAGCGCCCAAUGGAACUAGCAGACUAUACCAUCGCAGACCUGUGGGGGUCUACUCUACCCGCGUGGCUCGAGUGAAGUGGCAGAGUCUGGAGCGCCGCAUAUCUGAUAUCAUUAUGCAGCGCAUGACCAUCUCCAACAUGGAGGCAGAUAUGAAUCGUCUCCUCAAGCAACGGGAGGACCUGACCCGGCGGCGGGAGAAGCUGAGCAGGAAGAAGGAGAAACUGGCAACAGAGGGUCCAGAGGGGGAGAAGGCCGUGCAGUCUCUAAACGAGGAGUUGGAGUCCCUGUUGGCCAACAUCGACUACAUCAAUGACAGUAUCGCAGACUGCCAGGCCAAUAUCAUGCAGAUGGAGGAGGCCAAGGAGGAGGGAGAGACUGUGGAUGUGUCUGCAGUGAUCGGCUCCUGUACUCUCUCAGAGGCUCGCUUCCUCCUGGAUCACUUCAUGUCUAUGGCCAUCAAUAAGGGUCUGCAGGCAGCUCAGAAGGAAUCUCAGAUAAAGGUGAUGGAGGGUCGUCUGAAGCAGACCGAAAUCAACAGUGCCACUCAGAACCAGCUGCUCUUCCACAUGCUGAAGGAGAAGGCUGAGUUUAACCCAGAGCUGGAUGCCCUGCUGGGCAAUGCUUUGCAAGAGCUAGGUAACAUGCCUGUGGAUAAUGGAGAUGACAGUAGCAGUGAUGAAUCAACAAGUCCUGCAGCAGAUGGAAACACUUUAGCCUCUGAUCUCAUGAAGCUCUGUGGAGAGACCAAGUCCAGGAGUAAGGCUCGCAGAAGAACCACCACUCAGAUGGAGCUGCUUUAUGCAAAUAACUGUGACUCUGGCCCUGACACGCCCAGCGGAGACUUCACCGGCCCUCUACACCCAAUGGCUGAAACACCUGAAGGGGACCUAGAGUCUGCUGGCAAUGCAGUCAGGGACUACAUGGUCCCCUCAGCUGGCUUGUCCUCUAGAAUGGGUAGCAUCAACUCUGGCUCCAGACUUCCAUCAGGGGUGGAAAAGAGAGUACCGGAAGCAUCUCCUCUUACCCGCAGGAAGACGUAUGACAAGGGACAAGCAGCAGCCGACAGAGCUAAAGCCAAAGAAAUAAAACAAGGAGUGAUAAACCCAGUGCCCAUGUCAAAGAGCAGUCGUGGUGGUACUCUGCAGUGUGUACAUGUGGCUGAGGGCCACAGUAAAGCUGUGCUGUGUGUGGACUCUACUGAUGACCUCCUCUUCACUGGAUCCAAAGAUCGCACCUGUAAGGUGUGGAAUCUGGUGACUGGUCAGGAGAUCAUGUCUCUGGGUGGCCACCCCAACAAUGUAGUGUCCGUGCGCUACAGUUCCAGCCUGGUCUUCACCAUUUCCACCUCCUACAUCAAAGUCUGGGAUAUACGUGACUCUGCCAAGUGUAUCCGCACACUCUCCUCUUCUGGUCAGGUGAGCACAGGUGAUACUUGUGCAGCCACCACUAACCGCACAGUCACUAUACCUACUGGAGAGAACCAGAUCAACCAGAUCGCUCUCAACCCAACUGGUACAGUGCUCUACGCAGCAGCCGGAAAUUCUGUCCGCAUGUGGGACCUUAGAAGGUUUGUCUCAACAGGCAAGCUCACAGGUCACCUUGGACCAGUUAUGUGUUUGACUGUGGAUCACUCUGGUAACGGCCAGGAUCUGGUCAUUACCGGCUCCAAAGAUCACUACAUCAAGAUGUUUGAUGUAACAGAAGGUGCUCUAGGCAGCAUUGGUCCUACACAUAACUUUGAGCCUCCACAUUAUGAUGGUAUAGAGUCGGUGGUGGUGCAGGGAGACUGCCUGUUCAGUGGCUCCCGAGACAAUGGCAUCAAGAAAUGGGACCUAGCUCAUAAAGACCUGCUGCAGCAGGUGCCAAAUGCUCAUCGUGACUGGGUGUGUGCUCUGGGUGUGGUGCCUGGCUCUCCGGCCCUGCUGAGUGGCUGUAGAGGGGGAGUCCUCAAACUCUGGCACACAGACACACUGAGUGCGCUCGGAGAACUGCGGGGCCACGAAAGCCCCAUUAACAGCAUCUCCACCAACAGCAGCUUACUAUUCACUGCUUCUGAUGAUCGGACAGUGAAGAUCUGGCGUGCGAGAGGAGGUCUGGACAGCACUACUGAUAUGACGGACACAGCCGAGGAGGCUGCCAGCAAUUGACUGCCCCCCUGUGUCACUGAUCAUUAUGACAGUGACACCAUGGUUAAUGUACCUUUUGCACUUUGACCUCGCCCACUAAAACUGGACACUCAAUCAAUACAGAGACCCUCAGCAGAAAAAAUAAAACCUGAAUGAAAGUGGAUGUAAACAGACUGGAAUCUCCUAUUUCACUACAGGCCUUUUUCUUGGGGGUCUCUAAGCCUGUGUCUUAAUAUUGUGACGAUGUUAUGGAAGAUAGCUAUGACGUGUCUCACUGCAAAUUAAAGCUCCUUUAGACUUAGCAGUUCUCCAUGAUGACCCUUAUUAACCCUUGGGAGGACCCUGCCCUACAGGGUAUUGUUGGAUAUGAGAAGAGAAGAAACUGGGUGCUCUGUAGCUGGCUUCAGUUGCCUGGUUCUCUGAGCUCAUAUGGUGGACCUGCCGCUUUAUGCGCAUGAUGUAUAUCAAGUAACUGUAGCUUUUGCGUGAAGUGGACUAACUGGAAUCACCAUGCCCUUAAAUCACUGUCUGUGUGUUUCAGUUGUAGGGUUGGCACCUGUGAAGCAUUGGUGACCAAAGUGUAGAACUCUACUGUGCUACAAUCACAUUAUUAAAACUAGUAACAGUGCAUUCUUUAGAUAUAGAAUGAUAUCAAUCUCUCUCUCUCUCUCUCUCUCUCUCUCUCUCUCUCUCUCUCUCUCUCUCUCUCUCUCUCUCUCUCUCUCUCUCCCUCCCCCCUUCCCUUCUCUCCAUUUCCCACACUUAUCUCUCUCCUUCCUCUUUCUUUAUGUUUCUCUCACUUUCUCUCUUUCACUCAUGUCUCUGCUUUCUUUCUUUUUCUAUCUCCCUCACCAUCCCCCUCCUUUCCAUUUCCCUCUCAUCUCUUUCAUCUUUUUGUUUUUUUCUCCCUCUCCCCCUCCCUACCUCUCUAUCUCUCCCUCUCUCUCCUUGUCUUUCUGUCUGCACGUCUCACUAGUUAUCCCUCUUUUCUCACACUCACUCUGUCUCGGUGUUGUUUCAACUAUGUAUCACUGUUCAGUACUCUUUCUCACAGCUCCUGUGUUAAAUGUCCUUGCUGAUUGUCUACUAAUCACCUUUAAGCUUGACUAGAGCGUUCUCUUAAUGCGUGAGUGAGGGCUUACUAGCAUACAUUCAGCUACUAGAUCCUUUACUGUGUAUGUGGAUGUGGAUGUGGAUGUAAGGGGAAAGAGAUUAAUGUGCCUGUAAGCCUAAAGUGUCACAAGCACUGGUGUUCACAGACCUGGUCUGUGUGUUGAUUAACACAUCCACCUGCUGCUGUUUCUGUCUUAUACCUGUUAUACCUAUAUAACUCUUGACUGUAUGUGUAUCUGUGGCAUAAGUAGGCUGUUCAUAUAUAGCCUUAUGUAUUACAGUAUAGUUAUUAUAGGUGAAUACAGAAUAUUGUGAUAUGAGGUUGUAAAGAAAUACUUUACUCAGAAAUGCUAUGAUGGCUAAUAAUAAGUGCUUUUAUGUACUUAGUUUAAGCUCUCAAUAAUAUUAAAAAUAUCUGGAUGCUUUGGGUGGAGUAUUUCUUUAACCUGUAACAACAGAAAAACUUAGAUCUUGUCACCCGCCGCUCAGAAACAGUAGUCCAGGAUUUGGGAAUGCUAUAUUAGGCUGAACAGAAAUGGGCAUUGCACUGGUAGGAAACAUCUAUGUUUAAGAAUUCUCUCCCCAUGUGGGCUGUCUGGUGAUGGUCUGUCUUAUUCCGGACACAUUUAAACUGGAUGAAUUUAUGAAGUCCUGGAUUUUCACUGGAGUUUUAGCUGGCUGACCCCUUUAGCAAUUUGAAUGUCAGAUGCCACUUGAAUUAAAUGCCAUCUGUCAAAAACCA